UAACAGGAAGACAUUCAGAUCGAUUUUUGUAAUCCGAUAUAUACGUCAUUUUGUAAAAUACAAAUGUUGAAAUGAAGCUCACAAUAAUAAUGUGUUAAUCUGAAACGGAAAUCGUCCAAUUCUAGCGAAGGCAAUGGGAUAGUUUAAAAUAUAUCAGAUGUAACCCAGAUGUGGGCGGUAUGUCAAAACUCAUAGACACCAACAAGCCGGAAUCGCGCAACUGGCUUAAACAGUGGCGGGCUGUGUACGUCACAAGACAUGCUCUUCUGCCAAUUGUCAGUGAGGAGGCCGCCCAGUUGCAUGGGGACAUAUUGAACAAAGCACAGGUACCAGCAUGCAUCAAAUGCUCUUCCAGAGAUGUACAGAACAGAAAUGCAAGGUGCCCAUAUCAUGUCGUUCUUCGAGAUGAGUUAGUCGACGAGCACGCUUAUGGACAGGCAAGAGGCAUAGGUGCACUAACGUUAAAAAACACCAAAGCAGAAAACUGGGUAAACUCACCAUGGGAGAUAGCCAAGGUGUUCAUGCCACCAGCUGGGUACGAGGACAAAACCACAAUUGAAGAAACGGAUUUCAAUGGCAUCGCUGCCUUCAUCAUUAACUGCAAGCAUUUCCAUGGCAAAAUCACGGGCACUAUCUGUGAAAAGGCUAGAGAAGUGGUCAACCACAUUCGGCACAUGCCGGACAUUUGUUCCACCGCCUUGACAGAACGGGCCACAACCGAUUGCAUAGAUAACCUGUACGCUCUUCUUAAUGAGCAAGGGCUGAAGACUCGGCCAGAGGCGAUACUGGCGCGGACACAAUUGGACGAGCUUAAGACAUCCAAAGAUGAGAAUGUAUACUACAGUAUUUGCCAGAAGUUACAUGAUGAAUUCGAACAGAAACUUGCCGACAUUGAACGAAAAUUCAACGCAGAUGAAAUUGAUAAAGAACGCGCUAAAGAGAGUAUGCACUCUGAAGCCCAACAAUUCCAGAAGAAUCAGGAAAACAUGUUGCGAUCACUUGAAAGAAUUUCUGACGAUGCAAAACAGGAUUUAUUAGGGACUAAAGACGACAUUCUUUUGUCGAUUGAAGAAGAGAAAAGAAGGGUCAUGGAGCUUAUGGAAAGAACGAUCACAGAACGCAUUGGAAAAUAUGUAACCGAUGGUAAAUUAGCGCUUGAGAUACAUGCCGAAAAUUUAAAAAGACAAACCACAGAACACAUAGAACAUUCUUUGACAAAACGUAAAAUAGAGGUUGAAGAUCAGACAGAAAUACAUGCUAAGCGGUUGCGUACAGAAAAACUACAAAAACAGAAACGUGAGUUAAAGACACAGCUAAUCGAGCACUAUAAUAAAUCUGCAAGCAAGAUACCUGUUCGGCUCGACAUUGACGAAACCAUUGAAAAUAUUUACGAAAACCCAGAACUUACCUUGAUUAAAAUCGAAAAUGGCAAGACGACAAAGAAAGAUAUUCCUGAAGUAAGCCAACUGUUUUCGACAAGUGAUGGCCCAAUGGCUAAAACGAUCAUCGUCGAGGGUGAACCUGGCAGAGGCAAGACCUCCUUGUGUAAAAAGAUCGUGCAUGACUGGCGUAAACUAAAGGAGAACGUUGAGCAGGAGCCGAUCACAUCAAGUUUAAGUAAGUUUGAAUUCGUAUUCUACAUCAUACUUCGCCUCGUUAAAACUGAGAGUGAAGUUAAAGCUAUGAUAGUCGAACAUAUACUAAAGAAGAUUGAUUCAGACUAUGAAAGUGCGCACUCACUGCUAGGAGAAAUUUUAAAAUCAGAGCACUGUCUUCUCCUGUUUGACGGUUUGGACGAAUGGCGUGGAAAAAUGCCUCAUAUUGAAACAAGUUGGCUAAACUGUACAACAUUAAUCACAACACGACCGUACAAAUUGGCUGAACUAAAGGUGAUUCCAACGCAGAUGGGUAAACAUGUCAAAUUGGACGGAGUUAAGAAUCCAGAAGAGCUUGUAUUGAAAGUCAUUCGGAAGUUAGAGGAAUACCACAAAACAAACAAACAACCAAAGUCCUGCAUCAAGGACUUAAAAGACAAACAACUGUGGCAUUUCCGUGAAAAUCCCGUCAUACUCGUCAAUAUUGUGUGGCUCUGGCAAAAGAGUAAGUUAAGAGAAAACAUGUCUCGUUCUACUCUUUACCAGGAAAUUAUAGAUGAAAGAUGGUAUGAAAUGUGUGACAAAAAACAACAGGAUCAAGAUCCACACGAGUUGUAUGACGUACUGAGCGAGAUAGCAUUUAACAAACUGCUUUCUGAAAAUGAGGACGAAUCGCUAGUGUUUAACAUCAAGGGGAAACAUCUAGAGAAAUUUAAGCAGUACAAGGAUGCAUCGCUUGAAUCUGGUGUCCUGUCUUGUAGUAAUGUGCCUGGAGAACGCUUUCCUCAGUACCAGUUUCUUCACAAAACAUUCCAAGAAUACCUUGCAGCUGUGUUUCUGUCAAAAUGCGGUUCGACUAUAUCCACCUCAUGCAACCUCGUGAAAGAAAUAUACUUGAAUCAUAGGAACGAAAGUGUAUUUGCUUUGAAAGAGGUAUUCCUUUUUCUAUGCGGUUUAAAUCCAGAUGCAGCCGCAGAGUUUUCGAAAACACUGAACGAGCUGUUUACUGAGAACUGCGAAGAACAGGGAUCAGCUUGGAUUGCUGAGCAUUUCCAGCAAAUGAUAAUGAGCGGCUACGAUGAUGCAGAGAGAAACGGGAAAUUCGGGGCGGAUUUCUGCUUGCAGCACAUUGUGUUGAAUAAUGAAGAUUACACAGGGAAUCACAGGUCGAAGUUGAAACUGUGCAUGGAUGAUAAAAGAAAAUCCAAUCUCAAAUCACUACGUAUUGUUGGAAAAAGCGACAUAGCUUCGGCUCUGCAGUACAUGGAUGAUCCGUCUGUUUUAGAUUUAGAUGUUUGCAAGAAUUUAAAAUUUGUUGCUUUAAAAGGGGUGUCAUAUAAAGAUAUCAACCUACUAAAUUUGAAUGGAUUAGUAGAAUGCGAAAUAGAAUUCAACGACUACAAUCCAGCAAGUAAACUGAUAUCGUCAGUGCAGUCCUCAGAUUUACAAGGUUUGAAAAGGCUGGUACUGAUAAAUGUUGGUUUGGAAUGUGAAACAAUGGACAUAUUUUCAAAACUUAAAUGUGUCAAAGAUCUAGACCUCACAUGGAGCAAGUCGAUUCGAGCACAUGAUAAACCUUUUGACUUUGGCAACCUCAGACAUCUCAAAUACCUUAACAAGCUCGGUUUCAGGGAAUUUCCUUUCUCUGAUGUUGUAAAUAUACAAAUGUUCAAUCCGUGUUCGUUAACUGUCGAAUUUAGAACACAACAACGAGCUCCGCAGUUGAUGGCAGCAUUAGUAUCAAAAGCUGACGGUUACCCUGCAAAAGUUUUGGAUGGGUCACACUUUCCGCAAAAAUACGUUGGACUGAAGAACGUUCGUAUGUCAGCAGGAAAGUGCAUGCGUCUUUUUAAUCUGAUGUUACAGUCUGGACAUGGAGUGAGGAUUACGUUAACUGAGUGUACAAUAGAGGGUGACAUAAGACCGCUGCCGGAGAGAUUGGGAGGCCAAACUGCCGUACAGGGUGUAGCUCCACAGCUCGCCUCAAUGUUAUAUGGAAUAUACAUUAGAUUUGAGAAGAUGACAGUGUCCGCAGAUGUUUUCAUGCGUCUCGUUCUCGUGAAGUUACAGUCUGAACAUGGAGCGUCCUUCACAUUAACUGAGUGUACAAUAGAGGGUGACAUAAGACAGCUGCCGGAGCGAGUGGGAGGCCAAACUGCCGUACAGGGUGUAGCUCCACAGCUCGCUUCAAUGUCGAAUAUAACAUACAUUUAUUUAGAGAAGAUGACAGUAUCCGCAGAUGUUUUCAUGCGUCUCGUUCUCGUGAAGUUACAGCCUGAACAUGACGCGUUCUUCACAUUAAUUGAGUGUACAAUAGAGGGUGACAUAAGACAGCUGCCGGAGAGAGUGGGGGGCAAAACUGCCGUACAGGGUGUAGCUCCACAGCUCGCCUCAAUGUCGAAUAGAAUAUACAUUAGAUUUGAGAAGAUGACAGUGCCCGCAGAUGUUUUCAUGCGUCUCGUUCUCGUGAAGUUACAGUCUGAACAUGGAGCGUCCUUCACAUUAACUGAGUGUACAAUAGAGGGUGACAUAAGACAGCUGCCGGAGAGAGUGGGGGGCCAAACAGCCGUACAGGGUGUAGCUCCACAGCUCGCAUUAAUGUUGAAUAUAACCGACAUUAGAUUUGAGAAGAUGACAGUGUCCGCAGAUGUUUUCAUGCGUCUCGUUCUCGUGAUGUUACAGCUUGGACAUGACGCGUCCUUCACAUUAAUUGAGUGUACAAUAGAGGGUGACAUAAGACAGCUGCAAGAGAGGGUGGGGGACCAAACUGCCGUACAGGGUGUAGCUCCACAGCUCGCCUUACAUGCCUAUACAACAAACCGGAGCAUAUCAUUAAAAAAUGUGAUUGUGCCAGCGGAAGUGUUGAGGGGUCUCGUAAGUGUGAUGUUACAGUCAGUACGUCGUCGUGUUGACUGUGAAUUACAAAACUGUGCAAUAGAGCCUGUCGAAGAGGUGAGAAAGCUUCAGGUGGAAAUGUGGCACCAGCCCGCCAUUCAUGUGGAUUGGUUCAGCAUGCGUGAACAAGGCUGGUGCAUUAAGUACAGCAAAAAUAAGGUAAUCAAUCAGCGUCGGGAAAUUACGUUUCAAUACGAAUAUUCAUUUCAUAUGGAGGAUCUAACAAUGUUCAGUUCAACAGGCAUCAGCGAACAAUAGACGUCUGUGUUAGACGUGUCCAAUGCUCUAGUUCCAACUGAAGUUGAGUUCGAAAACAUUAUAAACAAACGUUAUUUUCCAAACAGCAAAACAAUUGCAAACAAAGACAAAGGUCGAAGAUAAGUUGCUUCAGGGAGUCCCUGCAGUCAAAUCCAUACUUAUUGUCACUAAAAUGUUAGACUAACUUUGAACAUUUUAUGAUUGAUAUUAGGACACGACAUUUGAGAUGAGUUAAAAUUAUGUAGUUAUGUUUUGAAGUUCUAUCUUGUUGACAUGUAUUGCUAUAUUUACACAUAACCAUGGAUUAUCGUGGAUAUACGAAGUGUAUCUAUUUUGUGACUGACGCACGUGUCGUCAUAUCGCCAUAGGCUUUGGUUUCCAUGGAUAUAACGAAGUCUAUCUAUUGUGUGUCUGACGCGCAUGCCGUUGUAUCAUCAGGGUCGUGGAUUAUUGUGAAUAUAACGAAGUUUAUAUAUCACAUGACUGACGCACAUGUCGUUAUAUCGCCAUUUCCGCGUGUGAUGUAAUAUCGCCAUGAUCGUGGAUUACCGUUGAUGGAACGAUGUGUACCAUUUUGUGACUGACGUGUGUCGUUAUAUCGCCAUGGUCGUGGAUUACCGUUGAUGGAACGAAGUGUACCAUUUUGUGACUGACGUGUGUCGUUAUAUCGCCAUGGUCGUGGAUUACCGUUGAUGGAACGAUGUGUACCAUUUUGUGACUGACGUGUGUCGUUAUAUCGCCAUGGUCGUGGAUUACCGUUGAUGGAACGAUGUGUACCAUUUUGUGACUGACGUGUGUCGUUAUAUCGCCAUGGUCGUGGAUUACCGUUGAUGGAACGAUGUGUACCAUUUUGUGACUGACGUGUGUCGUUAUAUCGCCAUGGUCGUGGAUUGCCGUUGAUGGAACGAUGUGUACCAUUUUGUAACUGUCGCACUUGUCGUUAUAUCGCCAUGGUCGUGGAUUACCGUUGAUGGAACGAUGUGUACCAUUUUGUGACUGACGUGUGUCGUUAUAUAGCCAUGCUCGUGGAUUACCGUUGAUGGAACGAUGUGUACCAUUUUGUAACUGUCGCACUUGUCGUUAUAUCGCCAUGGUCGUGGAUUGCCGUUGAUGGAACGAUGUGUACCAUUUUAUGACUGACGUGUGUCGUUAUAUAGCCAUGCUCGUGGAUUACCGUUGAUGGAACGAUGUGUACCAUUUUGUAACUGUCGCACUUAUCGUUAUAUCGCCAUGGUCGUGGAUUACCGUUGAUGGAACGAUGUGUACCAGUUUGUAACUGUCGCACUUGUCGUUAUAUCGCCAUGGUCGUGGAUUACCGUUGAUGGAACGAUGUGUACCAUUUUGUGACUGACGUGUGUCGUUAUAUAGCCAUGCUCGUGGAUUACCGUUGAUGGAACGAUGUGUACCAUUUUGUAACUGUCGCACUUGUCGUUAUAUCGCCAUGGUCGUGGAUUACCGUUGAUGGAACGAUGUGUACCAUUUUGUGACUGACGUGUGUCGUUAUAUAGCCAUGCUCGUGGAUUACCGUUGAUGAAACGAUGUGUACCAUUUUGUAACUGUCGCACUUGUCGUUAUAUCGCCAUGGUCGUGGAUUACCGUUGAUGGAACGAUGUGUACCAUUUUGUAACUGUCGCACUUGUCGUUAUAUCGCCAUGGUCGUGGAUUAACGUUGAUGGAACGAUGUGUACUAUUUUGUAACUGUCGCACUUGUCGUUAUAUCGCCAUGGUCGUGGAUUACCGUUGAUGGAACGAUGUGUACAAUUUUGUAACUGUCGCACUUGUCGUUAUAUCGCCAUGGUCGUGGAUUACCGUUGAUGGAACGAUGUAUAUCUAUGGGGUGACUGACGCACGUCUCGUUUUAUCGCCAUGGUCGUGGAUUAUCGUGGAUAGACCGAAGUGUAUCUAUGGGAUGACUGACGCACGUCUCGUUAAAUCGCCAUGGUCGUGUAUUAUCGUUGAUAUACCGAAGUGUAUUUAUGGGGUGACUGACGCACGUCUCGUUCUAUCGCCAUGGUCGUGGAUUAUCGUGGAUAUACCGAAGUGUAUAUAUGGGGUGACUGACGCAGGUCUUAUUCUAUCGCCAUGGUCGUGGAUUAUCGUGGAUAUACCGAAGUGUAUCUAUGGGGUGACUGACGCACGUCUCGUUCAAUCGCCAUGGUCGUGGAUUAUCGUGGAUAUACCGAAGUGUAUCUACGGGAUGACUGACGCACGUCUCGUUAAAUCGCCAUGGUCGUGUAUUAUCGUUGAUAUACCGAAGUGUAUUUAUGGGGUGACUGACGCACGUCUGGUUCUAUCGCCAUGGUCGUGGAUUAUCGUGGAUAUACCGAAGUGUAUCUACUGACGUGUGUUGUAAUACCGCAAUGGUCGUGGAUUACCGUUGAUGUAACGAAGUGUACCUUUUUGUGGCUGACGCGUGUUGUACUUUCGCAAUGGUCGUGGAUUAUCGUUCUGUAACCAUACAAGACGAAAGUCUCUUUUAGUUUUUGAAUGUUUCGAUAUUUAUCUAUCAAAUUGAUGAACAUGGCGCGCAUAUCGCUAUUUAACAAUGUUUAUGAAAGCGCUGUAUAAUUCAGUCAAAUACGUACGUUUAAACGUUUAUUUAGGGCUCUUAGUGUGUGAUUUUAAGAUGUAUCCAUGUUUGUUUUGAGUUUUAUGCGUUAUGUUCCAAUAGGUUGCAUUAUAUCAUGAACAGCAUCGCGCAAUUCCGGACCUUCGGACAUAUAUUUGCUUAUAUCAUUUGUAGAGGAUUGAAUUAAUUGACUUUUCAGGAAGUAUUUCUGAUACUGUCAUUAUGAUAUCACUUAUAUUGAGUUAGAUUCAUAUUACCAAGUGUAACCAUGUAUUGCACGAAUCGAAUACUUAAUUUGACAUCAUUCACAUGACGACAUUCUGAAAGUACAUCAUGGAAAUUACUAAUCAUCGUUUCAAUAUAACAACUAGCUUAUAACUUUAAUUGUUUCUUAACACAGAAUAUUGAUGUCACCUACAUUAAAAAGAGUAAUGACUCAGUUUUCUAUUUUUAUUACAUUGGCUAUUUUAAAAAAAAGACUAUGCCUGCAGUCAACUUAAGUCAGGACGAAAUAUGUGGUUGCUAUGGAAACAUAAGUAAACCAAUUGCCAUCAAUCUGAAAGAAAAUAACGCACCAAUGACAAGCAUUUAAAGAAACAUAUUAGGAAGAAAUCGAUAAACAUAGUAAAAAAAAUCAUAAUUUUAGGCAUUUUUUCUUAAUAAUUAUUUAAUUUGUUUUAAGUAUGCCUUAAGGCCCAAAAUUGGGUCAUAUUUGUGUAUAAGAAUACCAUAGCUACUAUUAGCAUAUGAUUUGGCUAUUUUAAGUGUUUGAUUUUGUUUCUUGAUUAAAAUGCAUGUACUCUUUGAUAAUGCAUGUGUAUACCUUGAUCAUAUAAUGCAUUUACCUGUAUAAUGCUUUUUAAUGCAUGUAUAUAAAUUGAGAAUGCAUGUAUUUCGUUUGUUGAUGUUUAUGAUGAGCAAUGGCUUGUGUUAUUUGUUUUUCACUUUUAAAACGUGUCAAUGAAGCCGCUUGCUGAGAAACGUUUCUUAUUUAGAUUAUUGAAAUUUAUCAUAAAUACAUUUAUAAUACAUUUAGGUAAAUUUGAGGAAUUACGGCGAUAAAAAAACUUUUUAAAACGUCAGAGUUGAUGCAGUUAUUUAUAUAACAGGUUUGAAUGUUCUGAACAUUCGUAUAACCUAUAAGGCGUUUAUGUUUUCUGUAAAUCAGUUAUCACAUUUAUAAUAAAUAUUUCCUUUAUCACUUUCAACUGGUAUCCAUUGUAUUAUAUCCUUUUAUCUAUUGCUGACUACUAAAAUGUUGUAUCAAUGACUGAUAAGUUUUGUUUGCAAUUUGAAUGUAUGUUGUUGUUUUUUUUAAUUUGAGCAGAAAUAAGACGUAAACCUAUUUUGCAUUCUUUCUUGGUCGAAAAAGCCUGUCUGUAAUAAUGUUUUUGUGAAUGUUCAAACGACUCCCAAACACUAUGGGGUCACCAGUUAUCCAUAAUUAUCAUAAUUCUACAGACUAUUCCUUAAAGCUGCACUCUCACAGAUUGAUUGUUUUGACUUCUAUUUUCUUUGUCUAGGAAUGAACCAUUGUUUGCAUUAAUGUCUGGACACCAGUGAUAUAAGACUUCUGGCAAAUGUGCUGGUCGCAGUCUCCAUAUUUAUGUUUGAAAUUGGUAUUUUAUGGCUAAAAGCGUUACUAACGCUUUAAGAAAAAUGAAAGUUUCAGUAAUUACCAAACAAUUGAGAUUUGUUCUAUUGUGAGUAAUAUGACUGAAUUGAAGGCACUGAUGACAAAAUGAGCUGUUUCCGAGACAAAAAAUAAAAUUUAAAGGUCAAAACUGUCAAUUUGUGACAGUGCAGCGUUUCGUACAUUUAGUGGCAUUUGUUAGAGGUCGCCUGUAUCUAGUUCGUUAAGAAGAGACAAUAAUAAUUGUGUUGGUAAUGCACUGUAUAUAGAAACUUUCUAUACUGUGAAACAUGACAUAAAUUCGUUUUAAAGGGAUUCUGUGUAAAAAAAUAUAAUUGUAAAGUGUAUUUUGAACUUUUUACUUAAAUUAAAAAAUAAACGAGAAUUGAAUUAAAAGAAGUUUGUUAUAAAAAUGCAGUUAUUUUUCAAAAGUUGCAAAUUGUCUUUAAGAAUCGUUUAUGUUCCUUAUCUACUUUUUUGCAAAUAUUUAAUGCUAAUUAGUUCUUGUUGCGAAUGUAUUAUGUAUGUAAUAAAGGUAUGA